UACCGCAUCCCCUGCCUCCCUCGCCCCUCCCCACCACGGCCGACGGCUUCUUCUCCACCCCUAUUCACCCCCUCUACCCUCUCGGUUAAAGCCUUCAAUCUGGAUUCUUCAACUCUAUCCUUAGGGUCUGGAGCCCAGUUCCACGACGCCUUCGAUACGAUGGAUCAGGAUCUUCUUGGCACGCCUACCGCACCCCAUGACACCCUCGACGAUGCCCUAGCUGGCGUCGAAGGGCCGCUGCAUCUGGCCAGCGAAUCAGGCAAUCUGGAGCCCCAUCAUCGACAAUCGCAAUCCCUGGAUCGAGGCCUUGCCAAUAACGCACAGGUAGACGACUUCGAUACCGCCGUUCCCUUCGACUCCCCCCAGUAUGAUACCCCUCCGCCGGCUAUGCAGAGACCGGCGUCAUCCGACUCCGCUGCGGGCGAGAAGCAAUUAGCCGAGCACGCUUCGAGGGAGGCCAACGGCGCGGAUCGGAACAAUACCCGCAACCACGUCGUCAUCAAAGUCGGCAUGGUCGGCGACGCCCAGAUCGGAAAGACGUCUCUGAUGGUGAAGUACGUCGAGGGCAGCUGGGACGAGGACUACAUCCAGACACUGGGCGUCAACUUCAUGGAAAAGACUAUCAGCAUACGCAACACCGAAAUCACCUUCAGCAUAUGGGAUCUGGGUGGCCAGAGGGAAUUCGUCAACAUGCUACCUCUAGUCUGCAACGAUGCCGUGGCUAUACUGUUCAUGUUCGACCUGACGCGGAAGAGCACGCUGAACAGCAUCAAGGAGUGGUAUCGCCAGGGGCGAGGCUUCAACAAGACGGCGAUUCCGAUCCUGGUGGGCACCAAGUACGACCAUUUCGUCAACUUCCCCCGGGAGGACCAGGAAGAGAUAUCCAACCAGGCGAAGAGGUUCGCCAAGGCGAUGCGCGCUGCUCUCAUCUUCAGCAGCACCAGCCACAGCAUCAACGUGCAGAAGAUCUUCAAGAUCGUCUUGUCGAAGGCGUUCGAUCUGAAGUGCACGAUACCCGAGAUCGAAAACGUUGGCGAGCCUCUUCUUCUGUACCAGUCAGUCUAGUUCUGGGCGCGGCCUCGGCACAACGGCGGCGUCUGUUGGGGCCAUGGUUGGGUAGACGCAUUCACCCCCCUCCCCCCUUCCCCCUAUCUGCAUGCUGAUAAUCACCCCCGCCGGUGGCGUAAUUUACGAU